GGUGUUACGGUUGAUAUGGAUUCACGAACCAGAAUCACUGUCAGAAAUUUGCGAAUCAGGUUAGGCGCUGUUGUUUUUCGAGUGUUACUAGAAGAUACGGCCAAAUAUUUGUACAAUCUCGAUCCGAACGGGCCAUAUUACGAUCCAAAAUCGCGUUCGAUGAGACAGAAUCCAUUUGCGGGUGUGCCUGGAAAAGAGAAAGAAUCAGUGAAAUUCGCGGGCGAGAACUUUGUACGAUACACCGGUGAGGUGGUGGAAGCGAACGAAGCGCAGGUGUUUGCAUGGCAAGCGCGUUGUAAGGGUAGGUGCUUUGACUGGAUGAUAUCCGAAUGGAAUGUUUUUCAUUCAUCUCGUAUCGAUUUCGAGUAG